UUCAACCGAGCGUCCGUGUCCGAACCGCGCUCGCUCCGCGUCGCCUUUUCAAACAAACUUACAAACUCACUUUCCGCCGUCGGAAACCUGUUUUGUCUACAAAAACUUCUUAUUACAGCAUAACUAACACACAAUAUUCGCUCCUUAUUCCUUCAAUAAAUUCCAAUAAACUUUUAGUGAACUUUAACGCAUUUAAGUGCGGCAACUUUGAAAAACUUUAUAAAGUUUGUUUUUAAGCUGCCGAUUGGCUGCGGUGUGCAUGUGUAAGCUGUAAAGUCAUGGCUGGACGUAGUUCUCACUAAACCGGGAACACUCGUCUUUCAACUUGGGGAUUGUUUGUAAUGGUGGCUGAGCAUUAAACAAGCCUCCUAAAUGUUUAGGAGAGCAUACAAAACCCGUUACUUCCGCGUAGUGCUUAAGGCUAGAACCUGGAAACGUGUUCCGAUGAAGAUCCUAAAGUGGGGCAGGAAGAUGCCGUCCACUAAACAGUAUAAUCUCGUGCCCAACGACGAGUAUGAUACCAGGAUCCCGCUGCAUCCUGAUGAGGCAUUCACCUACGGGAUCACUUUCCAAGCUAAGUACAUCGGGACAAUGGACGUGCCUCGCCCUACCAGCCGAGUCGAGAUCGUCGCUGCGAUGCGACGCGUCCGUUACGAAUUCAAGGCGAGGGGUGUGAAGAAACGUAAGGUGACCGUUGAUGUGUCGACUGAUGGAGUCCGGGUAACCACCAGGACCAACAUUACCGUUGGUAAGACCAAGACGAGCACAAAGCUGUUUGGCCGUGGUAAGACUACCACCACGAUCAAGGAGGACGAGAUUAUGCAUCAUCCCAUCUACCGCAUCUUCUACGUGUCUCACGACAGCUCCGAUUUGAAGAUCUUCUCUUACAUCGCUCGUGACGGUGCCACCAACGUCUUCAAGUGCAACGUCUUUAAGAGCAACCGAAAGAGUCAAGCAAUGAGGAUUGUUCGCACCGUGGGUCAAGCCUUCGAGGUGUGCCAUAAGAUGCAGAUCAACUCUCCGGAACAACCUGCGCCCUCCACCUCGUCCGCCCCGGAUGAGCCAGUAGCCAGCGGCAGCGACAUGGCUGCUUCCAAAGAACCGGCUUCCGAGUGUGGUGCCUCUGAGGGGGCUGCUUCUACCACCAAGGUGGUGAUCGAGGAGGGAGCUGUAGGAGGCCGUGAGGAGCGACCCAAGACACUGGACCUCCUGCCUCCGCCGCCAAGGAAGGAGGGCAAGCGAACCCAGCGUACUACUCCGGCGCCGACCAUCAACCUGCCGGAUCUCCCAGAGUGUGUAACUAAAGUGGAGGUGGCUACUGGAGGUGAUGAAGGAGGUGAUACUGCUACGCCCUUGAGCGCGCAACACCAACUGCAACUGUUGCGUGAACGCUUGGAGCAGCAAGCUCAGCAGACUCACGCUGCGGUUGCCCAGCUGUUGCUGCUGCGAGACCAACUAGCUGCCGAACAAGCUGCUCGCUGCGAGGCUCAGGCUCGCACCCACCAACUUCUGGUGCAUAACAAGGAACUUCUCGAGCACAUUGCAGCUCUGGUUGCCCACUUGCAAGAUCGGGAGCGCGGCUCCUCUCGACCAAUCAGCGCUCAGCAACUGACGCUCUUGCCCCAGAUUCCGAAAAACGCUGAGGCAUUCAAGCCCGACAACGCAGCGGCGUGCAAUGGUAACCGUACUCCGACUAACACCGAAGCUCUUAUCAACCUGAUUUCACAGAAUACCAGAGCUAAUCAAAACUUAGAGAAUAAUAACAACAUGAAUUUCUCGCCGUUUUGCGCAUCCCCAGUCCAAGAGACCGCUAAUGGUGCCGGCUCAGCUCCCCCUUGCUUCGGCGGUAUGACCAAUGAGCAAAUUCAAAACUACUUGAUAUCAAAGUUCCAGAACAUGGGGGGCUUCCCAAAUGGCGGUGAGGCUGCAAGUAAGCCAGCACCCACAAUAAACUACAACCAGCAGUUCUUCCAAAACUGCAACGCUUUCCCGAGCAUCCCGCCGCUUGCGAGCCACUACAGUAACACCGAUUUGGCAAAUCUGCUGAGCCAGCAGGGCUACAAAGACAUAGGCGGUUCCAAUGAAGAGUUUGGCAACUUGGCACAAGCCAUGAGUGUUGCCCAGUCCGAAAACUCGCUGUACAGUAACAGCCAGCAGAGUUCAUCAAAAGAUUCGAGCCCAGAUGGCUCCAGUUCUGAAGAUGGAGCUCCAUUCAUAAUGCCACUAUCGCACAACUGCACUUUGACGGCUACCGGUGAGGACGGACGCGUUAGGCUCAUCGUGCCGGUGAGCCCCUCGGAGAGCACAUCGGAUGUUGUAGAGACACAGGCUGAGCCUCAGCCGUCAAGUUCAUCAGGACAUACUUUGCGAGUGCCUGGACAAGAGCGUCCAGGAACAUUGCUGGCUCCCGCGGCGCCUAUCACCCGCACCACGAGCGAGAAGGUGCCCAACCGAAGCGAGAUGAUGUCCGCUCUGAGAGCCCAGUGGACCCGCCACACUACGAAGUAAACUCGCACUGAUAAUACGCAAAACUGAGUCAAGUUACCUAAAAUCUUAUUUAUAUUUAGUCUUAUCUUCUAUAGUAUUUACAUCUAAUUUUGAUCAUUUUUUGUACAAAGAGUGUAGGUAUAUUUUAUAUGUAUAGUAUUGUUUUGUAUUUUUUUAGGGUAGAUAGUACUCUUGUUUGAGGAUUGAGACUUACGAUGGUGCCAAACUUAUGCCACAUGUACUAAUAUGUCAAUGGCGAUAAACGGUCGGGAAACGAAGAUAUAACAUUUAUUUACAUAUCAUCUUCUUUGUACAUCGCUAUUAAUUUUAUUAUGAAACUUGUGAGUAGAACAUAUCCUUUAUCAUAUCGCCAUUAAAGUAUAGGUUUUAGUUUUAUGAUCCAUAUCGUUACAGUAUGAAGUGCAAGUUAUACGCCGAUAUUUAUGCUCUUGAAGAUCCAUAAAAAUGUAAUAGUCUGUCUACUAUGGCAAGGAUUUUAUGCUUUCGACGAUUUAUGUAGUCCUUGUGGUAAUCGUGUAAUAGUUUAGAAGACAUAUAAUUGAUGAAUAAUAUUAAUUUGAUAUUGUAACGCUCCGCUUCAUAGAUAUUGAGAUUGCAAGCAUUCAUGUUAGUCGCAGAAUAGUUAUUAGACCUAUACUUUACUAAAUGUACUUAGAAUUUUCUGAUGUUACAUUUUACUUACGGUAUUGCAAUUAAUUGAUGUCAAUAGCGUUAUAAAUGUUGCGUGAUAAUAAUUGAUAGUUUGUCCGUGUUUAUGCAUGAUUAGUUUCGAUAUAUUCAACAUAUUCAAUGUAUUCGUGUUUAAUGUAAGUUUAUAGAUAUUCAAUACAAUGUUUAUUAUAAUAUGGAAUAUUAGCCAGUUUUUGUCGUAAUAUUAACUUUUCAAGCUUGCUCCUAAAAGACAGUCAGAUGUUCUUCAAGAAAUCACUACUGUAUUUAAAGAAUCAUAUAUUUCAUGGAAAGGUGAGAGUUACAUUAAGAAUGCAAAGCGUGCGUCAAAGAUUCCAAAAGAAUGAGAGUAAUGAUACUUACGAAGUAACUUGUAGAGAAUUA